AUGUCUGCUAUUUUAGAUAAAUCCUUAGACGAAAUCAUUGGCAACAAUAAGAGACAAGCCAAGAACAACUCUCGUCGUAACAACAAUGGUCCAAGAAGAACCACCAAAUCCUUCGGGCAUUCCCGUCGUGAACACACUGGUCCAAGCAACAGACAACAACCUGUCAAGAGAGGUCCAGUUAAUGCUGCCGUUAGAGUUGCUCAAUUGUUAAACCGUUCUAAUAGAGACGCUAAAGUAAGCGUAGAAGGUUUGCCAAGAGAUAUUAACCAAGAUGCCGUUAAAGAAUUUUUUGCUUCCCAAGUCGGUGGUGUCCAAAGAGUUUUAUUGAGUUACAAUGAAAGAGGUAACUCUACUGGUAUGGCUACCAUUACUUUCAGAAAUGGUGAUGCUGCUGAUAGAGCCGUAAAGAAAUUUAACGGUGCUCCUAUUGAUGGUGGUAGAUCUAAGUUAAAGUUGAACUUGAUCAUUGAUCCUAACCAACAACCAACCAAGAGUUUAUCUGACAGAAUUAAGGCUGUCCCAAGACAACAAAACAUGAGACAACAAGUCCAAAACAGAUCCAGACAAGGUAGACCACAACGUAAUGAUAGACAACAGGGUCCUCAAGGUCAACAAGGCAGAGGUCCAAACAAAAGAGUCGCCAUGGUUAAGAAUAGAGCUCCAAGACAAAAGAGAGAAAAGCCAGUCAAGAAGUCCUUAGAAGAUUUAGACAAGGAAAUGGCCGAGUAUUUCGAUGAAAAGAAAUAA